GGGAAGUUUGCUCCUCGCCUGGCUCCCCCGGCCCGGUGAGGGGCCAGGAGCCUCCCGCCCGCCCGCCGCCGCUUCCCCGCUCCGGAUUGCCGACAUGCCAGCCAGCCCCAGACCAGCCCUGCUGCUGCUGCUGCUGCACGUCCCAUGGGCUGCAAGAGCCCAGGUCAAUCCAGCGGUGUGCCGGUAUCCCUUGGGCAUGUCAGGCGGGCUCAUCCCCGACGAGGACAUCUCAGCCUCCAGCCAGUGGUCUGAGUCCACAGCCGCCAAGUAUGGACGGCUGGACUCGGAGGAUGGCGAUGGUGCCUGGUGUCCUGAGAUUCCAGUGGAGCCUGAUGACCUGAAGGAGUUCCUGCAGAUCGACUUGCACGCCCUGCACUUCAUCACGCUGGUGGGCACCCAGGGACGCCACGCCGGCGGCCACGGCAAUGAGUUUGCCCCCAAGUAUAAGAUCAACUACAGCCGGGAUGGCACGCGCUGGAUCUCCUGGAGGAACCGGCAAGGGAAGCAGGACCUGGAGCCACCGCUGAUCGCCCGCUUCGUGCGCUUCAUCCCCGUCACCGACCACUCCAUGAACGUCUGCCUGCGCGUGGAGCUGUACGGCUGCGUCUGGCUGGACGGGCUGGUGUCCUACAACGCGCCGGCCGGGCAGCAGCUCGUCCUUCCCGGGGGCACCGUCAUCUACCUGAAUGACUCGGUGUACGACGGGGCGUUUGGGUACAGCAUGACGGAGGGCCUGGGCCAGCUGACGGAUGGGGUGUCGGGGCUGGAUGACUUCACACAGACCCACGAGUACCACGUCUGGCCCGGCUAUGACUAUGUGGGCUGGCGCAACGAGAGCACCGCCAGCGGCUACGUGGAGAUCACCUUCGAGUUCGACCGCAUCAGGAACUUCACCGCCAUGAAGGUCCACUGCAACAACAUGUUCGCCAAAGGGGUGAAGAUCUUCAAGGAGGUACAGUGCUACUUCCGUGCUGAUGCCAGCGAGUGGGAGCCUGGUGCCAUCUCCUCGGUGCUGGUGCUGGAUGACGUGAACCCCAGCGCCCGCUUCGUCACCGUGCCCCUGCUCCACCGCAUGGCCAGCGCCAUCAAGUGCCAGUACUACUUCGCUGACACCUGGAUGAUGUUCAGUGAGAUCACCUUCCAGUCAGAUGCAGCCAUGUACAAUAACUCGGUGGCCCCUCCAGAGAUGCCUGUGGUCCCCACCACUUAUGACCCCACACUCAAGGUAGACGACAGCAACACACGCAUCCUGAUUGGGUGCCUGGUGGCGAUCAUCUUCAUCCUCGUGGCCAUCAUUGUCAUCAUCCUGUGGCGGCAGUUCUGGCAGAAGAUGCUGGAGAAGGUGGCAUGGGGUGGCUGGCGAGGUGCCCCGCGGCGGUGGGCUCGUCCUGGGCAGGCAUCACGGAGGAUGCUGGACGAUGAAAUGACAGUCAGCCUCUCCCUGCCCAGUGAGUCCAGCAUGUUCAACCACAACCGCUCCUCCUCCUCCAGCGAGCAGGAGUCCAGCUCCACCUAUGACCGCAUAUUCCCCCUGGGACCCGACUACCAGGAGCCCUCUCGCCUCAUCCGCAAGCUGCCCGAGUUCCCGCUGGGGGAGGAGGACACAGGCUGCAGUGGCCCUGCGAAGCCACCCCAGGCCGGUGUCCCCGAGGGCGUCCCGCACUAUGCCGAGGCCGACAUCGUGAACCUGCAGGGUGUGACGGGCGGCAACACCUACUCCGUGCCGGCCCUCACUAUGGACCUGCUCUCUGGCAAGGAUGUGGCUGUCGAGGAGUUCCCCAGGAAGCUGCUGACCUUCAAGGAGAAGCUAGGGGAAGGCCAGUUUGGGGAGGUUCAUCUCUGUGAAGUGGAGGGGAUGGAGAAGUUCACAGGCAAGGACUUUGUCUUGGAGGGCUUGGACGCCAGCUCCGACCACCCGGUGCUGGUGGCCGUGAAGAUGCUGCGAGCUGAUGCCAACAAGAAUGCCAGGAAUGAUUUUCUGAAGGAAAUCAAGAUCAUGUCGCGGCUGAAGGACCCCAACAUCAUCCGUCUGCUGGCCGUGUGCAUUGCGGAUGACCCACUCUGCAUGAUCACCGAGUACAUGGAGAACGGAGACCUCAACCAGUUCCUGUCCCGCCAGCACGCGGGCAGCCCCCCUGCCGGCCCCGCGCCCACCCUCAGCUACAGCGACCUGCGGUUCAUGGCCACUCAGAUCGCCUCUGGCAUGAAGUACCUCUCCUCCCUCAACUUCGUGCACCGGGACCUGGCCACACGCAACUGCCUGGUGGGCAAGCGGUACACCAUCAAGAUCGCCGACUUCGGCAUGAGCAGGAACCUCUACAGCGGGGACUACUACCGCAUCCAGGGCCGGGCAGUGCUGCCCAUCCGCUGGAUGUCCUGGGAGAGCAUCCUGCUGGGCAAGUUCACAACAGCCAGUGAUGUGUGGGCAUUUGGCGUGACGCUGUGGGAGACCUUCACACUCUGCCGGGAGCAGCCCUACUCCCAGCUCUCCGAUGAGCAGGUCAUCGAAAACACCGGCGAGUUCUUCCGGGACCAGGGCCGGCAGACCUACCUUCCCCAGCCUGCACUUUGCCCUGACUCAGUCUAUAAGCUAAUGCUCAGCUGCUGGAGACGGGACACCAAAGAUCGUCCGUCCUUCCAGGACAUCCAUCGCCUUCUCCAAGAGUCAGCCAGUGAAGAAUGACCCUUUGCUCCUCCCCAGCCCGGUCCCCAUCCCUCCCCAUCCCCAGAGGAGCCCCGUACGCAAACCGAAGCCACUUCACUCGGACUUAGCAAUAAAACCCGGGCAGCUGGUCUUGUUCUCAUUGUACAGUGAAGCCUCGGAGGGAAACGCCAAGGGCAGCAAGGAGAGGCACGGCGUGGGACAGCUCGGAGCUCCCGCUUGCCUGCCGACCUGAGCCGGGGGCGAGGCAGGCUGAAAUGAGGGUUAUUUAUUGAUGCAACGUGUUCUUUGGUGACUAUGACUGGGACAGAACAGCUCCUGUCCCCUGGUCAGAGGGGAGGAACAUCAGCUGGACUGUCUCCGUGAGGAAGCUCAGGCUCCACGCAUGGGGCAGGCACCUGGGGAAGGGAUGUGCCUGCUGGAGCAAGGACUGUCCGGCAGCUGCAACCUGCUUGAGGAGGAGCUGGGAGUUGCCACUAGCUCACAGCGGACUGUGUAAUACAGGGUGAAAACAAAAACUCUCUGGACAUUUUGGGACACUUGGACAUGCCACAUGGAGGGGCAGGAAGCCUCAUCCUGGCCAGCCAGCCCCUAGUUGCACAGGGAGAAGCCUGAGAGUACUCCCAGCUCCUCGCUGGGCUGCUGGAGCAGGCAGCAUGCUCAGCUAUGGCUGCUCCAUGGCAGCCAGGGAGUUGUGGGCAUGCCAGCCCCAGCGAGGGACAUGCCCAGGGGACCCCUUCUCGCCCUCCACAGCCAUUCCAGAGCUGCUCAGCUGCUGACGGAAUGCAUUUUGGCUGCCCGGCAGAUGCUUCGUGGCCGAGGGCAGAGGAACAUUAGCACCUUUCACCUCCAAGGGGAAACCUCCAGGUCCUCCUCUCCCAGGGCUAACCCAGGUCUUCACUUGUCAUGAGAGGAAUGCACAUAACAGAGCUGUCGCCGCCUUCUGCCCGAUGCCUGAGCCUGCAACAGCCCGUGAGCAUGGAGCAGCGGGCACCCCUGGCCCUCAGCCCGGGGAUUGCAGCUCGGCUGAAGAGCUGAACUCUGCUACGGUGAGCAUCCCACAGCGGUCUGGCACCAGUCUGUUCUCCUGGAUCCAGAAGCUCCGUGAGCAAACUAGGCAGGUGCCAAAGCUAUGUGCUCUCCAGAAACCCUGGCAGGUUACGCAUUGUGCCCCACGGUCAGACUCUCCUGUGGCUGGACAGAAGGAACUUUGUACUUAAAGGGUACAUGGACCCCUCCAUACUUUUGUACACAUUAGUUCAACACCAUCAAGUCACGCGUGGCACAGUUUCCAGUAUACUAUUGCUAAGGCAUGUAUAUAUUCAGUAGAUGCACCUAUAUAUAGGGGCAAACCCGCAGAAGAGACACUUGCUACGUGAA